GAUAAACCCAAAGACGAUGUGUUGUUACUAUAUAGUCACUUCCGCUAUCGUAUAGGGCUACAACAUCGUAGGUUCGAUAGUCAUUCGUUUUGAUUUCAUUUUGGUAUGCAGCAACAACUGGUGAUGCAAGUCGCCUUGAUCGGGUCUCUCCUAAAUAUGGUUAGACCAAACUCUGCAUACAACCGGCCUCCUCCCCCCUUUUUUUCAAAAUGUUAUUUUUUCUUCCUUCUUUUGUUUGGUUGUUGUGGAACAAUUCGAAGGCGAUAGAUUUUUGGAUAAUAUCACAAGAAUCUCAAUAACGAUGUGGGCCAGCAAGAGACUCGACCUGAAUCUUUUUUUCCAGUUAUCUCUUUCUCUACGCUGUGUGUGUGGAUGUUUAUGACGUCCUAUAGGAUUAGAAGACAACAACAUUAAGGGCUCUAAUGUUUUGUUGACUGACUCGUUCCAAACUGAUUCCAUUGGGAAAACAAUUUCGAAAGUGUUUUUCGCACCCACGACCUUUUUUCAGACGGAAAUUUUGAACAGACACUCAGUAGAAGACGGGGUGCUAUCAGGUGGGCGGUGACUAUUCUUGGCCGGCCUCGAAACCAAAAAAAUCGCGCAUCAUCUCUUGUGAGAGAGAGAGCCAAGUGGCUGUUGCCCGUUUGGCUUUGCUGGAAAACGGAACUAGCGGAAAAAAGAAAAAGUCUGUUCUGACGAAAUUGUCUUCAUGUUUCCUUGGCAUGAUCUCCACCGUUGGAGGGAACACUCGUGUGUGUGUGUGGGUCCGCUAGCUCUUUGGUUGCCCAGUUGAUAGUUGGAAACUGGAGGCCAUUCGAGGCUGGUCGUUUGAUUGCGGUGGGCUGUGUGUUUGCUGUGCGUGUUUUUCUCUCUUCUUGUUUGUUUGUAUUUCUUCGUUGGCCGGCAGCAGCUGCUGGUGUCUCCCGAACUUGUGAACGCUGUUUCUUCAAUCUUCUGAUUUUUUCGCGUGUGUCUGCGAGAAAUUUCGGUUUCUUCGUCGGCACCUUUUUGAUUGGUGCCGACCCGAGAGAACUGGACAUAAAUAACAUCAAAGAGUUGAGCUGUUUUGGCCCAGCGCACUCGCAUUUGCAUUUUCUCUCGUCUCUUGUGUGUUGUGUGUUGUGUGUUUGUCGUUCAACUGGCUGGUCCGCAUGGAUUUGUUGAUCCUGUGUUUAAUAGCCGUCGCCAUCAUGUCCAUCUUGUUGUUCGCAUUCGGGUCCUGGAAAUCGCUCAGGCCCAGGACCAUCGCCCCAGCGGAUCAAGCCGUCAUCGUCGAGUUGCGCAAUCAGAUCCACUUGCUGAAGAACCAACAUCACGACCAACUGGAACAGCUCAACCGUGAACUUUCGACAGUCAGCGACAAGUUGCAGAAAGAAAUGACGAUCGCUCUUGCCGAAAAGGAAAACCAAUUCCAGCAACAGUUGGAGGCCAAAGAAGCGGCCUGGCGAGCCGAGUGGACGGCCAGGAUGGUGGAGGAGCGGGCCGAGCUGGAGCGCCAACUAUGCGAAGAGCGGGCGGCUAGAGCCGAGGCGGCCGAAGCGGCCGUGGCCGUCGUGUCCGAGGAGCGGAGAAUUUGGCAGCAGAAAAUGGACAUCCUUUUAGAGAAGAAGCGCAACCUGCUGGCCGAAAAGGAGAGGCUCGACAAGAACAUCCGACAGGAAGUCGACAACCAAGUCCAGGCGACCGUGUACGAGUACAAGAAACUACAAAAGGAGACGACGUCGCUGCAGGCCGUCUGCGAUCUUCGGGGUGAAGAAGUGCGGACAUUACGCAACGACCUCGCCAAGGUGACCAGCGCAGCCAAUGAAGUGCCUCAUCUGCGGGAGCGGAUUAACACACUGGGCAACACGGUGGAAGAUCUCAAAGCCCAGCUGGAACAGAAAAUCAGCGAAGAAAGGCGGUUGCAAUCGGAAGUCAAGAGGUUGGAGUCGAGUCACAAGGAGGAGUCACUGACGGUCCAGCGGCUCUCCAUGCAGAACGAGCAGCUCUGGUACAAACUCCAAUCGUUGCAGAGGCGUCCAUCGCCCACCCACACACAGAACGACUGCGAUCGAACGAGUCCAACUAAAGGCCACCACGCUCAGUCGUCGCCGUUUAAUUCGACGCCGUCGGAAACGCCCAAGCUCAACCGGAGGGGCCUGCCCUCGCCCAAUUUAAGUCCGAUUAUAUCGGAGAGCGGGACGGGAGAGAACAACAACAACAGCAUCACCAGUUUGACGCCGGACGGCACCGGUGGCCAGGUGAAGAGGCGUCGCGACGCCGUGGUCAGCAAUGGCAGCGGAAAGGGUCGAGCGGCGUCGGCAUUGAGCGACGUCGACGACGUUUUCAGUCCCAACACGACGACGACGACGACGGAUGCGACGAUGGGCGACUCGACGCCGCCGGAAUUGGCGUCGUCGGGAGAUGACGACGCCGAGUCGCCGACGGUCCGCGAUUUCACCAAGAAAAACGACUCGGUUUCCUACGUCCUGGAACUGGGCGGCGAACAUUCGCCGUCGUCCAUCUGCGGCGGCAUCUCGCCACUGAGCGCCCCCUACGCCCUCCUGACGCCCGGCUCGCCCUGGACGUCGCGACGGAGUAGCGGGCUGGUUCGCUCGGCCAGCCUCCGCUACCCGCACCGGCCCUACAACGCCCACCACUGAAACGAAACCAACAGCAGAGCUUGAUUGUUAUUAUCUGAAAGAGAAUUCAACUCAUUCAAAUGAGGAGAAAGCACUCGAAACGCCUAUUCGAAUCAACCGGGAAAACUAAACAUU